GCAGCUCGCAGCCCGUGGCGAAUGGUGGGAAUCUCCGGUCCUCUGCAGUGUGAGUACGGGCGCGGGGCCGCGGCGCGGGGGUGCGGGCCCCUCUUCUCUCUUUCCCCCUUCUCCUUCCCGCCGGGGCUCCGCGGCUGGAACUAACCCGGGGCUGCGGCCGUGCCCGGGUGCAUGCAGCUCCUCCACCGCUGUCCCCGCUCACCAUCUCGGCUCCGGAUCUCUCAAAAGCCCAGGACCCGAAGCACCCAGUUUGUGUAGAAAGCAGCCCUCCGAAGCUCCUAGCGUAGGGUUUCUGUCUCCAUUUAGGACUCGUUUUGUUGCUUUUUGGGUUUUAUCUUCCUUUUUUUUCCUGCCCUCUUGCCAGAUCCCAGACCUAGCCAAUGUGAAGUGGAGUGCCUGAAAUAUUUCUGGUGGGAUUUUGUUGUUCUUCCGUUACAAUCAUCGGAUUAUGUAGCACUGGCAACACCACUUCAGGCUAUUUUGCGAGAAAUAUUUCAGGCUGUGCACAUCGUCUUCCGUUCCACCGGGGUUUCGUAUCUCGCUCUCUGAAACGAGAGGGCAGCGUUAGGGAGUGCGCUUCCCAAACUGCAGUAGGAUGUGAUCGUGUCACCUCGCCGAGCUGAGCCGGAGGGAUCGGUUCCAUACAUUAGCGAAGCACCACGAUGCGGGAGGCUGAGGGAUGAAAGCCACACUCCCGCCCGUGCAAAACGAGCGUUGCACUUUGGGCCACUUCGAGUCCUUUUGUUAGUGCCAAAGUUGGGAGAUGGGGCGAAAAUCGGACACGGGGGAGGAAAGCACACUCGGGCCGCGCUGGGGCACCCCCGGCACGUGAAUUCUGUUAAAUUCUGUGCCCAGAAACAAUCAGUGUUGUCCCUGCCCUCUGCUCCCCUAAACGUUAGAAAGAAACUGAAAGUAACUCGUGGGCGCAGCUCUGGGAUCGCACGCAGCGGAGCUGCGGGGCCGCUCCCCGGGGUGCGGGAGGGCGAAGGCACGCGGCCCCACCGUCCCUAUAGCCGCCCGGUCUCCCGCUCAGCCGUCGGUCCCAGAGCGGCUGCGGGCUUCUAAGUCGGGAGGAGCCGGAUCUUGGAGGUUGCUGGAUGCGGGCUGCACCCCCCGCUCGUUCAUCGCUGCGGUGCGGGCUGCGAUCCGCUGAGCUCCAGGUAGCGAUCCUGCCUUAAGGAGCUGCCCAAGUUUGGCGCUACCCGGCGCAGCGGGGCUGGAGAUCGCUUGAACAGGCGGUGCGAAGCCGCGCGGCUCCGCAGGCAAACCAGAACGCCUGUGACGGGUGUAGGGUGUUAGAGAUGGGGAGAAGAGAGGGGAAUGCCCCCUAAAAGCAGCCCGCGUGAACGACUGUAUGUGUGCAGCGAGUGCCAAACGCCUGGCUGUGGGCAUACCCCCGUGUAACUGAAGGAUGCCUUCUGAGUCUCGAUCGCACUGAGAAGCAUUCCACAAUGCCAGACUCACCUGUGGAUGUGAAGACACAAUCCAGGCUGACGCCUCCAACAAUGCCACCUCCUCCCACUACCCAAGGAGCUCCAAGAACGAGUUCAUUCACGCCCACAACGUUAACCAAUGGCACAAGCCAUUCACCAACAGCGUUAAAUGGAGCUCCAUCUCCUCCUAAUGGCUUUAGCAAUGGGCCAUCCUCUUCCUCUUCCUCUUCUCUGGCUAACCAGCAGUUACCACCAGCUUGUGGAGCUAGGCAGCUCAGCAAACUGAAGAGAUUUCUUACAACCUUACAGCAGUUUGGCAAUGACAUUUCACCAGAGAUUGGGGAGAGAGUGCGUACCCUUGUGCUAGGACUUGUGAAUUCUACUUUGACAAUUGAAGAAUUUCAUUCCAAACUGCAAGAAGCUACUAACUUCCCACUGCGACCUUUUGUCAUCCCAUUUUUAAAGGCCAAUCUGCCCCUGCUGCAGCGGGAGCUGCUGCACUGUGCAAGGCUAGCCAAGCAGAACCCAGCCCAGUACCUCGCCCAGCACGAACAGCUGCUUCUGGAUGCCAGCACCACCUCACCUGUUGACUCCUCAGAGCUGCUUCUCGAUGUGAACGAAAACGGGAAGAGGCGAACUCCAGACAGAACCAAAGAAAAUGGCUUUGACAGAGAGCCUUUGCACUCAGAGCAUCCAAGCAAGCGGCCCUGCACUAUUAGCCCAGGCCAGCGGUACAGUCCAAAUAAUGGCUUAUCUUAUCAGCCCAAUGGUCUGCCUCAUCCCACCCCACCUCCACCUCAGCAUUAUCGUUUGGAUGAUAUGGCCAUUGCCCACCACUACAGGGACUCAUACAGACACCCCAACCACAGGGACCUCAGGGACAGAAACAGACCUAUGGGGUUGCAUGGCACACGUCAAGAAGAAAUGAUUGAUCACAGACUAACAGACAGAGAAUGGGCAGAAGAGUGGAAACACCUUGACCAUCUGUUAAACUGUAUAAUGGACAUGGUGGAAAAGACUAGGCGAUCUCUCACUGUACUUCGGCGAUGUCAAGAAGCAGACCGUGA